AAUUAGCUUCUGCCCAUGUUAUUACUCAUCUCCGAGCAGUUGGGCAAAACAACAUAAAUGAAGAGAGUUUCAAUGCAGCUAGCGUUUUUCCUUCUCGCAUCUUUGGUGGGCAGAAGUUUGAUAGAGGCGCAAAUAAGCGGAGGACCAAACAAGGAGCAAUCGAUUGUGACGGGGCAGCUCUGCAGCUCUCACGACGACUGCAGAUCCAACGCUGCUAAUGGGCGCCACUUGUGUAUGAAGGACGUUGCUGGAUCUGAAACGGGUCAUUGUGUCGGAUUUGAUACGGAGCUGAAGAAAAAGAAGCCGGAGCCGGAGCCGAAGCCGAAGCCUAAGCCAAAGGGUGGCUGCGGAUUCUGUAAAACUGACGCUGAUUGCACGGGCUGUCCCGCAGCAGCUUCUUGCGAAACAAAAGUUUUGGAUCACUUUUGCGCCUGAAUGAAUGCAAUAAUUAUUACUACUACUUUAUACUAAUAAUAAGUGCCAUAAGUCUGUUCCCAGCACAGACUAGCAUUAAACAAAACAUUUGUGUUCUUCACAACUUCUAUUACGAUAAUACUUUCUCCGUUUCUGAAACAAGUUCCACCUUUACUUUUCGGGCAGAUUCAAAAUUAAGUUCCACUUUCAAACAUUUAUUUAUUUGGCAAAUUAUCUAUAUUAAAACAAUGUCAAACAGUGUUCAAACAGUGUCAAACAAUGCCAAACAGUGCACUCCACAGUAAAGUCGAAUUUAUUUUCUUAAUAUGUGUGAAGUCAAAUGUGGAACUUGUUUCAGAAACGGAGGGAGUAUAUUUUAAAUAAGAAUAAUGUAUUUGCAUAGAAACCCAUUUAUAUAUAUACAUCUCGAUA